AUGGCGGACCUGGAUGGCAGCGACGCAUCUCCUCCCGAGUCCCAAGCCUCUCAGUACAAAUCAGAGGAUGACAGACCAUCCUCAGCCGCCCGGGCCGACUCCUCUGGCUCCGGACAAACAUACUCUCCCACCCUGACCCUCACCCUCACCCCCACCCCCACCGUCAACACCAGCAACAGCCCGUCCAACAGCGCUGCUGCCAAAACAGACUCCUUGCUCUUCAACAAGAUCGAUGAGAGGCUGAGGCUGGCCCGAGAGCGCAGAGAGGAGCGCGAGAAGCAGAAUGCGGUGAAGGAGGCCACAUGGCAGGCGCGGGAGGAGCGGGCCCGGCAGCACUACGAGAGGCACCAGGAGGAGAGGAGGAGGAAGAUGGAGGAGCAGAGGGAGAAGGAGGACAGGAGGCGCGCCGCUGUGGAGGAGAAGCGACGGCAGAAGAUGGAGGAGGACAAGGCUCGACACGAAGCAGUGAUGCGGCGCACAGUGGAGAGGAGCCAAAGAGCCCGACCGAAGGCAAACCGCUGGUCGUGGGGAGGGGCCCUGACCACCAACACACCCAGCACAGCACCUGGUUUUGUCGAGUCAGCUUUUCUCUGUCCGCUCGACCUUGCUGGACUGGAGCACAUGCAUGGUGCUCAGGGUCUCCACAGAUAUGGGAUGACCUCUAAAUAUAUUGACAGAAGAUCAGUGUCCACUAUGAACUUGUCCAAACACACUGACCCUGUCAUUACAAAGCGCCUCUCCUCCUCCUCUGCCACACUGCUGCAUUCACCAGACAGAGGUAUGCGGCGUCUUCCCCUGUCUCCAUGGGAAAGUAACAUGGUGAACCGCCUGCAGCAGCCCACGCACUCGUACCUGGCCCGGAGCCGCAGUGCCAUGAGCCUAUCCGGAGAGCAGACCGCCGCCACCGUGUCCUGUCACCCCAUGGGCUCCGUGUCCUUCAAGUCCAUCCAGUCCCAACCCUUUCCCCACUGCCGCAGCCAGGACCGCAACCUGAGCACCACCUCCUCUUCAGCUGCUGCUGCCCGGAGGAAGACCACUGGAACCCCACACACACAGCACAAAGACCAUGAUGGAGUGCGGAAGUCCUGGACCAACCUGUCACUCCCUUUGACGCCUGUUCUCUCUCUACCUCCCAAAAAGUACCCCUCCACUCUAGCAAAGAGGAAUAGUAAAGUCACAGCACCCUCUCCUGGCAGGCAUCCGCAAAAGUCACCGCUGCGGCCCCCGACCCCGAAGCAGCUCAAAUCGCCAGAGGCGGACGACCCUGGAAAUGUGCGUCCACUGAAAGUCACACUGGACCAGGAAGAACAAGAGCUCCUCAGUCCCUCACAGCCAAGGCCGCAGCCGCUGGGUCAGAACAAGGCGAGCUCAGAACCGGCAGAGGCCACACAAACGGAGACGGUGGGCAGCCCUCCGCCUCAGAAGACCAGCGCGGGCACCACAGAUCCAGAAGAGGCCAGUCGCAUUCUGUCGGAAAAGAGGCGACAAGCGCGAGAACAGCGGGAGCGAGAGGAGGAGGAGCGCAGGCGGCAGGAGGAGCAGGCCCGACUGGCUAAAGAGGAGAUGGCUCGUCGAAAGGCUGAGGAAAGAGCUCGCAGAGAAGACGAGGCACAGCGACAAGCCGAGGAAAAGAGGAGGAUAGAGGAAGAGGAGCGGCAAGAGGAAGAGGAGCGACUAAAGCGCGAGAGGGAAGAGACUGAAAAGAUGCUCAAACUGAAAGAGGAGGAGGAGUCUCGGCGAAAAGAAGAGGCGGAGCGACUUCGGGAGGAGCGCUUUCAGAAGGAGGAAGCGGAGCGUCUCGAGAGGAAAAAGCGCCUCGAGGAGAUUAUGAAGAGAACAAGACGUUCUGAAACAGCAGACAAGAAAAUUCUUCCAAAUCGGAAUGGAGAUGGAGCAGUAGCUCCACUUUCUCCAAGUGCAACUGCAGUCACUUUGUCUCCUGCUCAUCACAGCAAUGGCAGCAAACCAUCUGAUUCCAGACCUACAACAUUGAGCACGACGGAUCAGAGAGAGAAUGGUGAAUUUGAAGAGGUGAUUGUGCUGCCUCACCCGUCACGGCUGUCCCCUGCAGAGGGUCAGGAGGCCGUGGUGCUGGAGCACGGUGAGAGCACUCCCGUUAUGUUCAGAGAGAACGGCCUCAUCAAACCUCUGACCGUGGAGGACAUGUCUGCACAUCAGGGACCAGAUGUUUCUUGA